AUUAACGCCCAGUAAUUUUACAUUUGGACUUAAACACUAGGGUGUGCUCGCUCAGGAAACUCAAACAGAGAGAGAGCAUGUUCGUCAAUGGCGAUUAAGCGCCGGAGCUCAUCACUUCGUCGAACACAACCUCCAAAUGAAUGGCCAGAGUCUCCACCCGUCAACUCCUUCCCUUCCGAACCACCCUUCAUCCCCGCCCCACCACCACCACCACCGUCACUCACACUCUCCCUAACACCACUCCUCCUCCUCCUUCUGAAACCGACGGAAAACCACCACCCUUCACCCGACACCACUUCCAAACGCUUCUUCAAUCCUCUUGCCAAACCCCUCGCCACCUCCUUCAAAUCCAAGCCCUUCUCAUCACCACAACUCUUGCCCGUAUACCCUUCUUGGCACGAACCCUUCUCAGCCGCGCUUCCAAUCUAUGCGGCGUCGAUUUCACCCUUUUGAUCUUCCGCUACUUCAACAAUCCCUUGGAUACUUUCUGCGUCAACACGGUGAUAAGCGCUUAUUGCAAAAGCCAUGACCCCCACUUAGCUCAGGUUUUCUACUUUCGCUCUCUGAGGUUUCGCUUCUUUCCCAAUAGCUACACCUUCGUGCCGCUCAUUGGCUCUUGCGGUAACACGGGUUGCAUUGUUUCUGGGCGGAAGUGUCACGCUCAGGUAAUCAAGAAUGGGUUUGACUCUGUGUUGCCGGUGCAGAAUUCUUUGAUUCAUAUGUAUGCGGAUUGUGGGGAUGUUCAGGUUGCUAGGGUGCUCUUUGACAGCAUGUUGGCCCGGGAUUUGGCUUCGUGGAAUUCAAUGGUUGAUGGGUAUUUGGAGGCUGGUGACUUAAGUAGUGCACACGCACUGUUUGAUGUAAUGCCUGAUAAGAAUUUGGUCACUUGGAAUAUUAUGAUUAGUGGGUUUUCGAAGGCGAGGAACCCUGGUUAUGCGUUGAAGUUGUUCCGGGAAAUGGGGAGUGUAGGAUUGAAAGGCAAUGCUACGACUAUGGUAUGUGUGGUCACGGCUUGUGGGAGGUCGGCUAGGCUGAAGGAAGGAAGAUCAGUUCAUGGGAGCAUAAUCAGGAUGUUUUCGAGGUCAAGUUUGAUUCUCGAUACGGCUUUGAUAGAUAUGUAUUGUAAAUGCAGGAGGGUGGAGUUGGCGACUAGAGUGUUUGAAAGAAUGACAAACCGGAAUUUGGUGUCGUGGAAUGCAAUGAUCUUGGGGCAUUGCAUUCAUGGGAGUCCUGAAGAUGGACUGAGCCUGUUUGAUGAAAUGGUUGGGAUGGACAAGGUGAAAGGGGAAGUUGAGAUUGAUGAGAGUCCAUGUGCAGAUAGAGGUGUGGUAAGGUUACAACCUGAUGAAGUAACCUUCAUUGGGAUACUUUGUGCCUGUGCUAGGGCAGAGUUGUUGGCUGAGGGCAGGUCUUACUUCAAACAAAUGACUGACGUAUUUGGUUUGAAGCCCAAUUUUGCUCAUUUAUGGUGCAUGGCUAAUCUGCUUGCAAAUGCAGGGCUUGUUGAUGAGGCAGAAAAGUGUCUGCGGAACAUGGCAAAAUUUGAUGGGGAUAUGUCACGAGAGUCAAUGCUAUGGGCAAAUUUGCUUGCUUUGUGUCGUUUCAGGAGAGAUGUGUACUUGGGGGAACAAUUUGCUAAACUUCUUGUCGACAUGUAUCCUAAGAACCUCGCCUGUUACCAGUUUCUGCUGAUCAUUUAUGCCGUGGCUGCUCAAUGGGAGAAUGUUUCUACAGUGCAAAAAUUGAUGAAGGAAAGAAGAUUAGGGAUAAUACCUGGAAGCAGUCUUGUGGACCUGAAAUAUAUAGUUCACAAUUUCAAAGUUUCCGAGAAACGACAUGAAGGGAUUGAAGCUGUAAACAUGAUGAUGGAUGAACUAGCUCGUAGAUUCAGGAUGCCAAGUGUUGAUUCAGGUCAGUCAUCAGUGUGCCAUAAAGAGAAUAAUAGUAGCUGGAUUAGUAGUAGUAGUGAAGACGAGGAUGGCUGAUAAAACCUUAAACAUAGGUUAAGAAUUUAGUUCACAUUUUUUUGUAAGCAGUCUUCAUUUUUGUUGGUCAGCAACCACCCCGUAACCUUGGAGUAUCUGAGUUUUAAUAUAGGUGCAAGUUUUUCUUGGGUCAGGCAUACGGAUCAGAAAUCCCAUUUUUUGUAUUGAGUGAUUAACUUAGAGUUGAGUUUAAUGCAGCGUUUGGAAGUACUUACUCCAACUUAUCUUAUAUAUACUUAUGCAAGUGUUUGGGUAAACUAUUGAAAGUAGCUCAUGACUUGCGUAUAAAUUGUUUUGAGCUUACCUUCACAAGCAGCUUAUAUUCUAACAUGUAAGUUAUUUUGAGUUCUUCUCAAACUUUAUCAGAUAAACAAUAACGCUUUUUGCCA